AAGUGCUUACACUCAAAACAUUGCUUUUAUCUGGAGAAUAUUGUUAUACGUUGCGAAUAACCGAGAAGCUUGAAAAUACGUUUGUCGAUUGAAAAACCGUGUAGAAAUUUGAUCGACGACGACUCUACGCGGAAUAAUUGUUAAUUAAAAGGCGGAUUGCAGCGCGGAUUGACAAUUUGCAGUCGUAAAAGGAGAACCGGGCCCCUUCUGGUCGGCGAAUCGAAACGAGCAACCCCUCUCUUUUCAACAAUUGCUCUGGCGAUUGUCUUGCGCGCGCGUAGCCAAUAUUUUGCGUAAACGAAUAAAUACGAAAAAAAUGUUGCCAACGAUAUUUAUCUUUUUUUUUUUUUUCAUAUAAAUUACAAUGCUCGCUGAAAAAUGAUGGGAGAUCGAUUCGAUUCAACGCGGGAAGGAAACGCGUUAAAGAAAUGGGAACACGCGAUAAAGGCUGGGGUUCGAUGAUUGUAUUUUAACAAGAAAAUCCUCAUGCCUCGGCGAGCACCGGCACCUGCACACCGCGCGAUAAGAAACCACCAACACAUAUUCACGCCGAGCGGGAUCCACUCGAGCGCCAGUUCAAUGUCGUUGCUUCUUUCAAUCAGUGAUCUCGUGAAAUUAAAACUCGCUACAAACAAAAACAUUGAUCGUUCAUCGCUGAAAGUAACGAUUCGAGAAAUUAAACCUAAGCGAGACCUAAAGUAGAAAUCAUAGAAAUCGUUUAAUCGCUAUUUAAAUAAAAACCUCUAUCUUUUCGGAUAUUUUCGCACAACGCAUCGAAGCUUUCCGUUAAAAUUUAUUCGACAUUUGAACAGAUACGGUUUCAAUCGCCAAAAGGUCGGAAGAAAUUUUAUUCGGAUCAAUCGGCAACCUAGAUUCUUGUUCGUUUCACACCCCCGUGAACGAGCCACAUCAUCCCCACGCGCAACAGAGUCCUUUGGUUCUCUUGGUCCCCGCGAAGGAUCCUCCCGCAGUUUAUCGUCGACCAGCAAACCCAGUGGUAGUCUUAAAAGUCACAGGGCACUGUCGCGGUUUAAGCGGUAAAUUGGCAAAACGAUACGAGUCCCUCGAAUUCUUAAAGAGAGUCACAAAUUGCAAAUUUAUCUUCAGCGAAAGAUACAAGUAUAUAUAUAUAUAUAUUACUUGUAAUAUUACCUCAGCGAGAACAAAAAUUCAUAAGCACGUAUACCCCAUGACGGACGUAAACAGCAAUAAAAUGUCCGCCGAGUCCUCCAGAAAGUCCUUGGAAUUCGCGAAAAAGGAGAUGCGUACGAUAGUGGACAAAAUCGAAGAGAAGGGACUUACGAGUAGGACUUUGAAACUGUUCCACGCGCAGUCCUUACUUAGGCCAAGCGGAUCGAAAGUCCGCAGGAGACACCUGUGGAUCUUGUUGAUCCUCGCCUGGAUUCUGGGCCAAUUUUUGUGGAAUUACGCGAGUGCUGCUCGCUACAACAAGUGUCUGGCGGAGCUACCCUUGUUCACGCAGAAAAUUUUCCGACCGGCGGAGGACUGCUCGAUCUGUCGGGACGUUCAACAGGUUGACAGGAUAUCGAACGUGGUUCCUGGGAAUUUCGAAGAACGUUACGCGUACUCUGGGAGACCAGUAGUGAUCACCGACGCAAUGACAAACUGGACAGCUCCGAAGGUGUUUUCCUUCUCGUUCUUCAAGUCGUUGUACGACGGUGAGGACGCAAAUUGUCAGUUUUUUCCAUACAAAACUGAAUUCAAGAGUCUUCAAGAUGUUUUCGACAUGGACGCCAAUCGGUCUUUGCUCGAAAAUGGAACGAAGCCGUGGAGCAACUGUGACGAGAAAGCCGGCAACGUGCUCAGACAACAUUACCGAAGACCCUAUUUCCUGCCCCCGACUGCGGAGAGCGAGAAGACCGAUUGGAUUUUCAUGGGAAGCCAUGGCUACGGAGCUCCCAUGCAUGUGGACGACGUGGAGCAUCCGUCGUGGCAGGCGCAGAUAAAGGGCGAGAAAUUGUGGAUCUUGGAGCCGCCGCGAGAAUGCCAUUACAUUUGCGAUAAGCUGGAGAUUGUGGUGCGUCCCGGUGAAAUAAUCGUUCUGGACACCAAUCGCUGGUAUCACCAGACGGAGAUCGUUUCAGAGGAGAUGAGCAUCACCAUCGGCGCGGAAUACGAUUGAAGGAAGAAGAUCGAUACAACUCGAAUGUAAUGUCUUGCAUGUAUCGUUAGCAAAUUGUGUUUUACGAGUUCUAGCGUCUCUCGUGUGUUACACGAAUUACAUGUUUACGCAUAAAUGUUAACGUUUAUCGUAUGUAUUGUAAAACCCACGUUCGUCGAUCAAACUCGAAAGUUGGAAACGAUAACAUCACCAGGAGAAUUCACGAUUUCCCGCGCCUUACCAUGGUCUCUCUCCACGACAACACCGAAACGUUCCGAUCCUCUGGAGCGGUUGAUCGAUUUUCUCGAUCAGGACGGUCGUGCACGCGCCAGGUAACAUAUGAUCGCGCGCACACGCGUGGAUCACCAGUCCGUGGAGGGGAACCCCCGCGGCAGGGACCACCUGCCGCCAGGUGCGACUUCACCGGACAUCUGCACGAGGGGCCCGUGCCGUACCGUUUCCUUUUCACUAUCCACCAUUCCCGCGAUUAACCUCGUCGAGCUCCACUCGUCCAAGCCCCCCGGGUAUUACGAGAACGUUUCAUGUCUGUCCGAGGCUCCGUUCAUUACUCGAGUACUAGGCAUUAAAUGUCGGAAGAGCGUAGGUUUUUACUCGAAACCAAACGUGUUACAUACUACGGGAAGUAUAAUCGCAAUAGAAAGCGCAAUUUACGUUUCUUUUAUUCCGAAUCGUUCGUGGUUAAAUAUUAGUCACAACU